AUCUCCUCCCCUCCCAAAUCCUCACUGGCAAUUUCUAGGGUUUAUGGAACCGAACGAGGUGUGAAUCCCAAAGCUCCAUUUCUUAUCAAUUUUGAUAAAAUUAGUGAAAUUUCUGUCCAGCUCUGUACGUUGGAUCGUUGUGCCAGUUCGGUCUACGAAGACCACAAUGAGCGGAGCUCCUUUGAAGUUCGAAAACCCGAUCCGAGAUGCAAUUUCCAGAAUCCGAUUCGCCCCGAAAUCCGACAACCUCCUCAUCUCCUCUUGGGACUCUAGCUUGAGAUUGUACGACGUCGGAAGCUCACAGCUCAGAUUAGAAGCUCCGUCGGAAGCGGCGCUCCUCGAUUGCUGUUUCCAGGACGAGUCCGUCGCGUUUGCUGCCGGUUCUGAUGGCGUCAUCAGAAGGUACGAUUUACAUUCUGGAAUUCAUGAUUCGAUUGGGAAUCACGAUGACAUGUCGACAUGCGUUGGAUAUUCGGAAGAAACCAGCCAACUAAUCACUGCUGGUUUGGACAGGAAGAUAUUGUCUUUGGACACGCGUACGGAGAAGGGUUUUGUGUUUGCAAGUAAUCUCGAUUCGGAGGUGAUGUCCAUGUCACUCUCAGGUCUUGAUAUGAUGGUAGCCAUUGGAUCAUCAAUAUAUGUGUAUGAUUUGCGAAACCCAGAAAAGCCAAUUCAAUCAAAAGAUUCACAUAUGGAUGUUAAGAUUGUAUGUGUUAGCUCAAUUCCAUAUGCUAAAGGAUUUGCGGUUGGCUCGAUAGAUGGACGUGUAGCACUGGAGAUUUCCUGUCCGUCUAGUUCAGAUGACAUCAGAUAUAUGUUCCGGUGUCAUCCGAAGUCAACUGAUAAGAGAUAUCACCUAGAAUCGGUGAAUGACAUUGUAUUCAAUCCACUCAUGUACGGCGCCUUUGUUACGGGUGACAACGAUGGUUAUGUUACUGCAUGGGAUGCUAAAAGCAAGAAGAGGCUAUUUCAGUUGCCUAGAUACCCAAAUAGUGUGGCAUCCCUAUCGUACAACCACAGGGGACAACUUCUGGCUGUUGCAUCAAGCUACACAUAUCAAGAAGCUAAUGAAAUAGAAGAGCUUCCUCAGGUAUUCGUUCAUGAAGUUGGCAAUGACAACAUGAAAUCAGUAUCUGUUGGAAGUUCGAGCAGGAACUAAUUAUACACAUUAAGAUGAAGGUACUGGGUACGACCUUUUUUAAGAUGAAGGUAACGAACUUUAACCUUGGCUCGGAUUCUUAUAUUUAAGAUGAAGGUAACGAACUUUAACCUUGGCUCGGAUUCUUAUAUUUAACUAGGAUAGGCCAAGAUCAUUUUUUGUUGUCUCAGACUUUGGAAGCUUUGUCCUUUUUGAACCUAAUGCAAUGAUGUACUCGCCGAAAUUAUUUUCGAUUUGCUGAUGAACAGCAGUCAGCUGCAAAUUUAGAAUUCCAGGAAUUGUGCUUGUUGUAGAAUGUCGUUAUGGUUAAUCCUCCAAAGUGUAGACAUAUACCACUUUCAUUGGUUUUAUUUAGUUUCUACUUAUUGGAUCCA